AUGUGGUCGUCGGUCGAAAUAGAGCUGGUGGAACCGCCCGAUCGUGCUGGCGCGGAGAAAGCGGCAACACACGGAAAUUAUAUCCCCGGCAAAUCAUUGAGCGUGAUGCGUCAGGAAAUCUAUAAUCGAUCAUGGCGGAUGAUUUCUGCUUCUCCGAGGGACUGGAUUGUCCACUCGCUUGACAUCAUCUGUACACGGCAUGACGAGACGAUCGACGUCAGUCCGUCCACGCGUAUCCCGAUGGACAAUGGACGAGUUACAUUAUACAAAUGGGCCAUCGAUCCCAUGCACCUUGAGAAAGUAAAUGAUCCGCAUCGGACAGUGACAUUCGUCUUAACGCAUGAUGGAUGCCGGUGCAGGAACUGCUACGGAUACGACGCGCCUACACUACACCCCCAGACAGCACCACAAACGGGCCUCCCGUCCCCGCGUGCAGGCAGCAUGCGACGAGUUGCGACAGCGUCAAGCCCUGUCAACAUUGCCGCGCGUCGAAUCUUCCAUGCCGGUCUGGCCCCAAACGGCGCACCAAGACCCCUACGAUUGCGAAAAGAACACUCUCAGAAACGUGCCGUUGCUGGAAAGGCAGCAGCAGAGCCUAGUGAAGGGACUCCGGGAACUAUAUCGACGAGUGCACCAGGACCGCAACUGGGUGUGUCCGACGCAGCUGCCGGGGCGAAGACCUCUGACGCACGAGAUUCUGGCUCAAUUAGGCGUGCUGGACGAGACUGGUGA